GUUGGUUGUUCUAUCAGAAAUAUAUCAUUUUGCGUUCUAAACUUUAAGUCUAUGUGCAAAUCAUUCGAAGCUAAGUAAAAAUCCGAAAUCACAGUGUACAUAUUAGUAUACAACUAUACAAGAAAUUAGUUGUCUAUGUAGCAGUGUGAAGUAACCUGUUGAUAAAACAGAAAAUUUCAGAUUGUGUUUAUUUAAGAUUGUGUUUUAUUUAAUUUUUGUUUCUCUAGAAUUUUUUCCAAACCCUAAAGUAAUAAUGGCUUCAGCAUCUGAUUUUAUGGACAGUUUGAAGGAACUUCCCAAUGAAUUGCAUCGAAAUUUCUCUCUGAUGCUAGAUCUUGACUCAAGAUCUCAAAAACUUAUGACCAACAUUGACAAAAUGACCGGCAGUUAUAUGUUAAAUGUUAAAAAGCAUUCGGUAGAAGAAAAGAAAAAAACUAUGGCAAGGAUCCAACAAAAAUUUGAUGCUGCAAAAGAGUUGAGUGACGACAAAGUGCAACUAUCCAUUCAAACUUAUGAGUUGGUGGAUCAACGUAUCAGAAGAUUAGAUUCAGAAAUAGCCCGAUUCAAAUCAAAAAUUCAGUUGAAAGCUGGGAUACGCGAAUCUGCCUUUAAUGCUAAAAAAAAGUUACAACUGAAAAAAGGUACACAAUUGACAAGUGCAACAUCUUUAGUCGGUGCUGUCUCUGAUCUAACAAGUCCUGCCUAUAGUGUAGCCAAUGUUCCAGUAGAGACUAGUUCCUUUACUGGCUCAGUAGUUGACGCAGGAGUUAUACAUGCGGCUGAUGCAGAUAUGCCUAUCGAUCCCAACGAACCAACAUUUUGUUUAUGCAAUCAAGUAUCUUUCGGCGAAAUGAUAGGUUGUGAUGACCCAGAUUGUGCUAUUGAAUGGUUUCAUUUUGGGUGUGUCAAUUUAAUUACCAAGCCCAAAGGAAAAUGGUUUUGUCCAAAAUGUACAAAAGAUAAGAAGAAAAAUAAAAAAAUCUUAAAAUGAAU